UCGUGGGAUUUCCGCAUGAACCACGUGACCGUGCGUCACGUGACGCACUCGGCUUUCACAGCAGACAGAGUGUGUUUGACCGGGAUGGAGCACAGAGAGACCGUUUUUAUUCUUCUACUCCUGAGUUUGUUUUUAGAUACUUCUACGUCUCAGUCUUAUGUACUCGAUGAUAAAAUAGGCUUGGGCCGAGUGUUUGACGGAAUUGGAGGUUUGAGCGGCGGAGGGGCGACCACUCGUUUAUUGGUCAAUUAUGCAGAGCCAUAUCGCAGCCAGAUUUUAGACUACCUGUUUAAGCCAAACUUUGGAGCUUCUUUGCACAUACUGAAAGUAGAGAUUGGAGGGGAUGCACAAACUACUGAUGGAACAGAGCCCUCCCACAUGCAUUAUGAGAAUGAUGAGAACUACUUCAGAGGAUAUGAGUGGUGGCUAAUGAAAGAAGCAAAGAAGAGGAACCCAGAUAUUACAUUAAUUGGCUUGCCGUGGGCAUUUCCUGGUUGGGUUGGCCAUGGCAAGAACUGGCCUUAUGACUUCCCAGACAUCACUGCAGCGUAUGUGGUGAACUGGAUUCUCGGUGCCAAGCAGUACCAUGACCUGGACAUUCAGUAUGUUGGGAUUUGGAAUGAGCGAAACUUCGACAGCAAAUACAUCAAGCUGCUGCGGUACACUCUGGAUAAGAGUGGCCUGGACACGGUCAGGAUCAUAGCCAGUGACAACCUGUGGGAGCCCAUUACCCGGUCGCUGCUGCUAGACCCCGAGCUCAGCAGAGCGGUAGACGUGAUAGGGGCCCAUUACCCAGGCACCACCACUGUCGCCGGCGCCCUGAAGACACAGAAGAAGCUGUGGUCUUCAGAGGACUACAGCACCUUUAAUAAUGAGGUGGGAGGGGGGUGUUGGGCUCGCAUCCUCAACCAGAACUACGUCAAUGGACUCAUGACUAGUACCAUCUCCUGGAACCUCGUAGCCAGCUACUAUGAUGAUCUGCCGUUUGGCCGAGAUGGACUCAUGACUGCAGAGGAGCCGUGGAGUGGAAACUAUGUGGUGGAGUCUCCUAUUUGGAUCACAGCCCAUACCACACAGUUCACCCAGCCGGGAUGGACCUAUCUGCAGACGGUGGGACAUUUAGCACAGGGUGGAAGUUAUGUAGCCCUGACUGAUGGAAAAGGAAACCUCACUGUUGUCAUAGAGACCAUGAGUCAUGAUCAUUCAGUCUGCAUUAGACCUCCACUCCCUCCAUUCAACGUUACGUCCCAGAAUGCAACGUUUCAGUUGAAGGGAUCCUUUGUUUCCAUUAAAGAACUUCAAGUCUGGCGAUCACGGUUUAACUUCGAAACAAAAAAACCUGCCUUCUUUGAGAAACUAACACCACUCAAGCUUUCGGAUGGUUCGUUCACUCUGAAUCUGGCAGUGGAUGAGGUUUACACAUUAACUACAAUAACAACAGGCCAGAAAGGCAGUUACCCAGAACCACCUGCUUCUGCCCACUUCCCUAAAGUCUACAAGGAUGAUUUCAACAUCAGAAAUCCUCCUUUCUCUGAAGCCCCAGACUUUGCCGACCAGACUGGGGUGUUUGAGUAUUACGUGAACCUGACUGACCCCGGUCCUCACGUCUUCACCUUACGGCAGGUUCUCACACAGAGACCCAUCACAUGGGUGACGGAUGCAGACCAGACCAUCAGCGUCAUAGGAGACUAUCAGUGGCAGAACCUGACUGUCACAUGUGAUGUCUUCAUGGAGACGGUUAAGACUGGUGGUGUUUUCAUCGCAGCCAGGGUGGAUAAAGGAGGCGGGUCGAUCCGCACCGCAGCAGGAAUAUUCUACUGGGUUUUUGCAGACGGUUCAUUCAAAGUUACCAAUGAUCUGGCUGGUCAGACAGUGCUUGCAAAGGGGGAGUCUGGCACUCGAGCAUUCGGCUGGCAUACCUUAACGCUUACUAUAAAAGGUGGGUAUGCAUCAGGGCUGCUGAAUGGAUACACACUGUGGAAGUACGCCACACUGGAGUCACCAAAGAACGGCUGGGCAGCGAUAGGAACACACUCAUUCGAACUGGCCCAGUUUGACAACUUUGCUGUGGAAGCAGAAUAACAGACACAGUAAAGCUUUUAAGUAAUUUAUGACAUGCUGUGAAUGUGAUAAAUUAUUGAUUUGAUUAAUGCAUUGAUUUAACACUUGUGUGUAAAAUACAAAACAUGUUCGUUUUUAUUUUUGCCCCAAAUGUUUUCUGAGGUUUUAUAAGGGACUAAAGGGCACAUGAUGUAAUGCACUGUACCACUGAAAUGUUUUGAUUGCGAUUGUUUUAAAAUGAUUGUACAUUAUUUUGUAUCAUAUGUAUUUUGUAUUAAUUAAAUAAAAAUGAUUUUACAAUACA